AUGGCUUCCGUGUACCUGGAACCCUGGCUGGAGUACAUGCAAGCUAUGGCGCUUGGAAGUUUUUUCCUGCUUUUGUGCCAGUUCAUCUCAGGGGACUACCAGACCGAAGUUGGUCUUUUCUUCGCUGCCUUUGAAGCCCCACAAGAAAAGAAUAAACCUCAGGUCAGCGGGUUAGAAUGGUUCAGGAAACAAUGGAUUGCGAUCUUCCAGUACCCCGUUUUUGCUCUGCUCGUAGCCGUUGCAACUGAUAUUACCCAGGCUGCCGGCAUAUACUGCCUAGACAGCACCAAACCCCACUUUGCCCACAUCUGGUUAACUGUCAUAAUAGAGAUAUCUACAGCUCUUGCCGUCACGUCUGUUAUCAAGUUCUACGGUGCCUUAAAGCAGCACCUUGCAAGCCACCAGCCUCUGGCAAAACUGUUGUCAUUCAAACUGAUUGUUGGUCUAUCGUUUAUUGAAAAGAUCAUUUUUAUGAUUUUACGGUCCACCGACAUCCUCAAAGAAUCUCCUACGCUAAGCUACGCAGACGUAAAUAUUGGUAUACCUAAUAUGGUGAUCUGUGUCCAAAUGGUCCCCUUUGCUCUCUUCUUCCCCUACGCGUGGAACGUGGCGCCGUAUUUUCUUUCUCGGCAAAAUCUAGCACUGCCAGCAUCCGAGAACCAGAAUCAGAGUCGGUAUGGCACAGAUACCACAUACUACCAUAAGGGUCCAGGAAAUGAAAAUGAUAUUCUUGCCCAGUAUAAGGGUGGCCCUUUGGGCGCCCGGGCAUGGCUGGGUUUGCUUAGUCCAAUGGAGAUUCUCAGAGCGAUCAAGUUUGCAUUCAACAUGUCCACAGAGCUUAGGAAUCAGAAUAGAGGGAUGUCCAAUUAUGGGAUUGGAUUGGAAUCUGCUCGUGGCCCGGAUUCUACUACGUUGAGUCAUGGAUAUGCUGUGGCUGAUUUUCGAGCCCCGAGGAUGUCGUAUGAACAGUUGAUAGAUCAUAACGCAAGGAGGAUGUGA